CUCGUCUCUGCGGGCCGACUGCUGAUUCACUCUCACACGUUGGCAGCUCAGUGAAGAGAUUUAGUUGCCUGUGCACCUGUUCUCAUCUGAUAUAGCCCGAGAAUAAGAGAGAAACCAAAGGGGAAAUGGGACUGUUUUUAAAAACCACAGCAGGCCUCCUUCUGCUUGUCCAAGCCUUUCACCUGGCAUCACUCCAGUACACAACCACCGACUCUACGGGGAAGACAACUGAUAGAGCUUGGCUCCGUGACCGACCCAAAAACCUGGCUGUAAGUCCACCUGCGGAGGAGAUUUUUUAUGACCCGGGAGCUGAUAUGACUGAGUCAAGUAAUGAUUUCAGCAGUGGGAUAGCAUCUGGCUCCAUGGCAGUGGAUAAUGAGGAGGAGAAGAAUGUGGCCAGCGACAGGAAGGAUGAAUAUGAAAACAUAGAUGAUAUGCCUGCUGUCACUACCAACACGCCUCAAACUAAUGUUUCAAGCAAGCAACCUGAAUUGCGAAACGCCACCGAUUCUCCACCUGCUGCAACUACCAAUCCUGCAAACACGAGCCAGACCAACAUGACAGAAGUCGAGGAGGAGUUUCAUAAUUCGACGGCGACUCCUCCAAACUCAACAACUCAUCUGAGCGCAGAAAACUCCACCAGCCUUACAGAUCACGCCAAUCGCACCGAUCUGCAGACGGCGGCUCCAGAGAGCUACGCCACACAAGAAUCCACAACGAAAUCAGACGAAGAGAAGGAGUUAACGAUGGGGACAAAAUCUACCAGCAAGCCAGAGGUGAGGGAGACACCCACCACGUCUUCAUCUACAGCGGCGCUCCCAUCUGAGACCACAGAGACGAGCCCUGCCACCACGACUGCUCCGAUCACACCCGAGAAGGCCAACAAGACAGACAAAGACGCAGCCUCAGGGAGCAGCUCAGAAAGAGGUUGGGCGACAGAUUCACACAAGAGCAAAAGGAAGGGAGCGUGGGGGGCCGUGCUGGGGACGGCGGUGGCGGUGGCCUGCGUGGGGCUGGUGGCUUACCUCAUCCUGAAGAAGAAACACCGGAAAGGUUUCUCUCACAGAAAACUGCAGGAGGAGUAUCCCUCAGACCCAGUUCUCAGAUUAGACAACGGCGACCCUUUGGACUUGAACUUUGGAAUCGGCGGUUCGGCCUAUUACAACCCUGGACUCCAAGGGGACAACAUCCAGAUGAGCAACUUUCCAGGACGCCACAGAAACUGAAAAGACCCCCGAGACCAAAGUCAUGAACUCCCUUGAAAGAAAGAAAGUCUGCCAGCUGAUAGACGACCUGCGAUGUGGAGUUUUGUAAAUAAGACUGUGUGAAGGUGACACUUGUGGACGGAGAGGAGCUCGUGGAGGUGUGUCUGUAUUCAGAUUAUGCUUUGUGUUGAGUAGAUUUAUUGCUUUGUAAAGGAGGGAAUCACUGAAAGCGAUCUAUCUGAACUUCACUGCAACAGCCAAAAUGAACUGUCAGCCAUUCAUGUACGCUGCCAAAGGGGAUCAAAUUAUAUGAAAGAAAAAGCAGCCAAUGACGGGUGCUAAACAUU